UAAAUACCAGGUGUAUUGGGUCUAAUUAGCAUCAGUUGCAUUUUCUCUGUUACUACCACUCCUGUACCUGGCAUCAUGCGCAUGUUCAGACUGACGGUGGUCACAUUGCUGGCUGCAGCUUGCUGUACACUAACAGAUGGAGCAAUCAGCAUCACGUGUGAAGGCUCUGAUGCUUUACUGCAAUGUGAUGGAGGUAAGAUUCAAAUCAAGCGUGCCAACUAUGGUCGGCGUCAACACGAUGUGUGUUCCAUUGGGCGCCCCGAUAACCAACUCACCGACACCAACUGCCUCAGCCAAUCCUCCACCAGCAAGGUGGCAGAAAGGUGCGAUGGGAAGAGCCAGUGUGUUGUCCCAGCAUCCAACUUCGUUUUUGGGGACCCCUGUGUCGGGACUUACAAGUACCUGGACACCAAAUACUCCUGUGUCCAACAGCAUGAAACAAUAAGCAGCAUCAUAUGUGAAGGCUCUGAUUCCCAACUACUAUGUGAUCGGGGUGAGAUCCAUAUUCAGCGUGCCAACUAUGGUCGUCGUCAACACGAUGUGUGUUCCACUGGGCGCCCACAUAAACAACUCAAAAACACCAACUGCCUCAGCCAAUCCAGCACAAUGGCAGAAAGGUGUGACGGAGAGCGCCAGUGUAUCGUCAAGGUAUCCAACUCCGUGUUCGGUGACCCCUGUGUCGGAACUUAUAAGUACUUGGAUGUGGCUUACACCUGUGACUGAAUGUGAGUUUUAUAUAUAUGUGUGUGCAUGCACACAUGACUGGGAACUAGAAUGCUGGUGCUGACGGUUUGUCUUGUAGAAUAUCUUCCUGUGGAACCUGAAGAUGUACAAGGCUUCUGGGAUAUCUUGCUGUUUUCCUCCAACUUCAAUGACCAUUGUAAACCUGUGUAUUUUGUGUGGAAGCAUUUCUGAACUGUGGUUGGUCUGAAUUAAAUGACAUGUCAGAAAGACAA